GGUCCCCUACACCGGGCCGUGCUGUGUCUGCCGCGCGAUGGCCGCUCGCGCGCUGCUGGCGCUGCUGCUGCUGACCGUGUCGUGGUGCGCGCGCGCCUCCUCGAGCUGCCAGCUCGCGCACGACUGGCGGCCGCAGAGCGAGGCGUGCCGCGCGGAGCUGGCCGAGAUCAUCGUGUUCGCGCGCGUGCUCGCCGUGCACAAGGAGCAGCCGUACAGCGUCUACAACUACCUGCCCUGGCAGGACGACGCGGGGGGGCUUUUCUUCUCGGCCGAGAUCGAGCUGCUGUGCGACCAGGCGUGGGGCAGCAUGCUGGAGGUGCCCGCGGGCUCGCGCUUCAACGUCACCGGCUUGGGCUACUUCCCCUGCUACUCAUACAGCGUGGUGGAGAACAACAACUACUACUUCUUCCUGAGGAUGGAUGAAAACUACAGCAUUAUUCCUCAUGGAGUGAACUUCCAGGACCCCAUCUUCCCCGACACACCCGAGAACCACCGCAUGUUCGCCAGCCUUUUCCAGUUCUCCAACUGCACAGCCGGAACCCAGGUCCACAUGUACACUCCUGAGUGGGAGGCCCAAGAGGACAGUCGGCUCCUGUGCUCCACAGUGCAGAAAGCCCUGUUUGAGGAAGAGGAGAAAGUGAAAACUCUAGCCCAAAAGGUGAAGGUUCUCGAGAAAGCCAACAACCACCUGAGGGACAAAGUGAAGAACAUGAAGCGUCUGUUGAGGCAGGCCAAACGAGAGACCAAGGAACAGACGGUCCUCCUUAAGCAGCUUCAUGAGUCUGAACCAGAGGUUCCACAUCCAGACCAGGACACUACCCAGGACCACAAACCUGCUCACAAGAAGGUCCUGCCCAGAAAGCUCAAGAACUAGGCACUGCUUCUUCACAAAGUAUCCGAACUACUGCCAGGGAGUCAUGAUGGCAGUAAGUACAUAAGGACUGUACAUAAGGAGCGUUAGCAGGUCCUUGACAAAAGCUGAAGACUUAAAAAUAAAAGUUCUUAAGUGAUUUUUGGCUUGGAUGUAUGGCUCAAGGGAAAAUCUUAAAUUGGUACAGAACCUUAAAAUUAUGUGGAGGUUCUUCAAACUUUACAAAAGAUUCUUCAUACUUGCAAAACCUUCAAAAAUGGUUGUUUCCAUCCAUCUUUGGGUUCUUUAGGGCAGAGUUUCUCAAAUUUGUCCUUGGGGCCCUCAGAUGGUGUAACAUUUUUUGUUCAACACAAAGAUGUAAUAAAAGGAGGUGGGCUGUCUGGGGGCAGAGUGUGAGGAUGGGUUUGAGAACCACUGCUUUAGGGAUCCAAAAGUAGUUCUUCUAUGGCAUUGCAAUAAAAGAACACUUUUUGGUACCUUUAUUUUUAAGGGUGUAGGUCUGUCCAUAUAUAAAGUUUAAAUGGUUCUAAUAUGGCAUGCAAUGGACUGAGUAGGUCUCAUCCUAGCAUUAAUCCAUCCAGAGGACAGGCCUAGUCACCAGGCUCGUAUGCUUAUUUACUCACUUCAAGUGGUCAUGUAACAUCUCAGUAAGAAUAUUAAAAACUUAAAAUGUUUUAUCUUUUUUCCACAUAGCAAACAUAUUAUCACAGCACAGCCACAAUACUGCACAUUAUUAUUGUCAUGAUUAUUUAGGAGCACUUAACUUGAACCCUGCUACAUAAAACUGACAUAAUCACAUCAUAAGCAUAAGUCGUGAAUUGCUAUGGUAGAUUUUGUUCAGUAAUAAAAAAACUGUCAUAUUACCAUAACUGUUAACUGUCAUGAUGGAUGUCAUAAUGUUUCAUAUCAUUGACAGCUAUCUUGAGUACACUUAGCAAAAAUUUGCAUGACAUAAGCUGUCAUGACCUCAAACAUUGUGGCAUUUGUCACAGUAAUGUUAACAUGACUGUUAGAAAAUUAAAUCUGUCUUGACAACUCGUGCAUAUGAUAUGUGCCACAACAUAUUUAUGGCAUGGCUAUGUUAUGCCCUUGUUAUGUAGCAAAAUUCAAGUAAAGAGUUACGAUGGUGUGGACAAAGAUAAUGUUUGCUGACGAUCAGAUAAUUUGGCCUCAGUGUCAUGCUAGUCAGAAUUUGUCAUUCUAUGUUAUUAUAACCAUUUUAGUAGAUUGAAUGGUUAGAUCAUGGUCAGAGGCCAAUGGUUAGUCAUGUGUAAUCAGGAGGCAGCUACACUCACCAAGCACUGAAUUAGGAACAGUACACUAAUACUGAGUAGGGCCUCUCGUUGUUCUCAACACAGCCUCAGUUCUUCAUGGCAUGGAUUCCACAAGAUGUUGGAAAUAUUCCUUUGAGAUUCAGGUCUAUGCUAACAUGAUUGUAUCAUGCCAUUCCUGCACAUUUUUGGGGGCACUUUCAUGCUGGGAUCUGCCAUUCUAUGACAUCCCAAAGAUGUCCUAUUGGAUUCAAACUUGGUUACUGGGAAGGCAGCUGAAGAACACUGAACUCAUUGUCAUGUCUAUGAAACCAGUUUGAGAUGAAUUUUGCUCUAUUACAUGGUACAGUAUCUUGCUCAAAACAGCCAGUAAAAGAUGGGCAAAAUGUCAGCCUUUAAAUAGGCGGUGGCAUUCAAGUGAUUGAUUGGUAUUAAUGGGCCCAAAGUGUGCCAAGAAAACAUUUCCCACAUCAUUACACCACCUCCACCAGCCUGGAGUGCUGACACAAGGCUGGUUGGGUCCAUGGAUUCAUGCUAUUGGUGCCAAAUUCUGACCCUACAAUCUGUGUGCCUCAGCAGAAAUCGAGAUUCAUCAGACAGGGCUAUGCUUUUCCAGUCUGAAACUGUCCAAUAUUGGUGAGCCUGUGCCUACUGAAUCUUCAGCUUUCUGUUCUUGGCUGACAGAAUCGGAAUCCAAUGUGUUCUUCUGCUGUUGUAGCCCAUCCUCCUCUAGGUUCAACAUGUUGUGCAUUCUAAAAUGAUUCUCUGCUCACCACAGUUGUACAGAGUUGGAAUCUGAGUCACCAUAGUCCUUCUGUCAGCUCAAACCAGUUUGGCCAUUCUUCGUUAUCAACAAGGCGUUUCCGUCUGCACAACUGCCACUCACUGGAUGCUUUUUUCUUAAUUCUUCUUGCACUGUUGUGCAUGAAAAUCCUAGGAGAUCAGCAGUUAUUGAAAUAGUCAGCACCAUCUGUCUGUCAUCAGCAAUCAUGCCACAGUCGAAAUCACUGAGAUUACAUUUUGUCCUGUUCUGAUGGUUGUUGUGAACAUUAGCUGAAGCUGCUGGCCCAUAUCUGCAUGAUUUUAUUGCCACACAGGUGGCUGAUAAGAGAACUGCACAUAUAAAUAGGUGUACAGGUGUUCCUAAUUAAGUGAUUGGUGAGUGUAUAACAUUAUUCACUGAGAAAUGAGUGAUAGUAAUGCUAUUCUUUGCUGGCGCCCCAAGCGAUUCAAGUAGUUUGUUAGCUCUAAGCUAACAGUGACUCGCUUGAAUUUUUUUUUAUGGAUUUAAACAAGGACAUGCAAUGCUUGUGAAAGACAUUCCGUGGUUUAUUUGAAAAUAUAUAUUUUGAUUUGUUUUGAUAUUUUUGAUUUGUAGAGCUUCUGCCUCUGUUUUCUAUUUUGACUGAGAUACAUUGUUUAGGAUAACACUCAUAUUCACAGUCAGUAAUGUGUCUAGGAUGUCCAGAGGGUCCAGAGUGAUUCAUAUGAAAUUUGUCUUAUCCACUGAGUUCCUGUUCAUGUAGGUAGUUAAUCUAAACUGUAAGGCCUUCUGUCCAGCUCCUGAAGGCCUAACCAAUGGGGGAGAUCACUUAUAUGCCUAAUGAGGUGCCAAGCAGCAAAAAAUCCCGAUUGUACAAUUUUCAUUCAGCUUUUCAAGAAUUUAAACUAUUUCUUUUCAAACUUAACCAAACAUAAGCAAACUUAAUAAGAGUAUCAGUACAAUACUUGCAGUUUAAUUACAACAAGCAUGAUGAUUAUAUUUUUAAACACUAAACUCUGUGCAACACUAUGUGGACAUUUUUAUAUUCUAUAUUUCAUCCUCUAAAGGCCUAGAAAGCCCCCAAGAGUUCCUCUCUAGUGCACUGCAUUGUAAUAGUCUUUAUUGUAUGCGCUGUAGACUGAAGUAUUUCUUCAUUUCACUCUGUUAAGCAGAGUGUUUGAUGUAUGAGAAACAGCCAGGCAGACCGCAAUACUGAAAUUGCAGCUUCUAGUACUGUAUAAAAGAAUGCCAAACGUCCACAGUAUUUGACCAUUUAUGGCUGAAAAGGAGACCAUGUUUGCAGUUAUUCUGAAGACUUGGUGCACAUAUAGACCCAGCUGACAUGGAUUCGUGACAUCUCUGGAUUUUGUUACGCAUUACUUUUUCCAAAGGCCUCUCAACUCCUGUUUUAAGAUUCCAAGCUUGGUGAGUGUUUUUGUACUUGUACUGAGUGAAAAUGAUUUUUUUACUUGCAAAUAGGGCGCUGAGCGCUCAAUAAAAGCAACCACUACUCAGUGAGGCUUAUUUUAUGGCUAAAGGUUUCUGCAUUUAGUGAACUAUGUUUCUGGUCGGGAUUUGUAAUGUUAAAGCUAUCAAUUUUAUUUUAAUAAUGAAAGGUAAACAAUGUGGUUUCUUGUAUGUUUAACAUAUUUACAUGUAUGCCAUUCAAGUAAUGAAAUAAACUCACCAUUUUACUAAA